AUGGUGCACGCGCAGGAGCUGAGCGUGGAGGAGCGCAACCUGCUGAGCGUGGCGUACAAGAACGUGAUCGGCAGCCGGCGGGCCAGCUGGCGGAUCGUGUCGAGCAUAGAGCAGAAGGAGGAGAACAAGGGCAACGUGGAGCACGUGGAGCGCAUCAAGAAGUACCGGACGCAGAUCGAGAAGGAGCUGCAGGACAUCUGCAACAACAUCCUGGGCCUUCUGGAUGAGCACCUGAUCCCCACCGCCUCCUCCGGCGAGUCCAAGGUCUUCUACCUCAAGAUGAAGGGCGACUACCACCGCUACCUGGCGGAGUUCAAGGCCGGCGGGGACAAGAAGGACUCCGCCGACAACACGCUGGCGGCCUACAAGGAGGCGCAGGACAUUGCCCUGGUGGACCUCGCCCCCACGCACCCGAUACGCCUUGGCCUGGCCCUCAACUUCUCUGUCUUCUACUAUGAGAUCUUGAACUCCCCUGAGCGGGCCUGCCACCUGGCGAAGCAGGCCUUUGAUGAGGCCAUCGCCGAGCUGGACACGCUGGGCGAGGAGUCGUACAAGGACAGCACACUGAUCAUGCAGUUGCUGCGAGACAACCUGACCCUUUGGACCUCUGACAUGCAGGACCAGGAAGAGUCGGGCAAGGGCGGCGACAAGCAAGAGGAUGAUGGCGCCGGGGCUGUAUGA